AUGUUUCAGAAGACUAGAAUACUUUACUACGUGAUUAAUAUGCCUCUGUCAAACGAUGAAGCCUUACAAAAGACACCCCAAAAGACAAGCGAACAAGACAGCCAUCAGUCAGCUGCUCAAGCCGGACUCAAGUGGGGUAAAAGUCCCAAGAUAGAUGAGCAACCUUCAGACAUACCAGACGACCACCCCGUCCAUAACAUCCCACUCAAAGAGCAAGAGAAGAUGAGGCAGAAGGGAGUCAAUCCUGUAUUGAAAGCAGAGAUGGAUGAAGCAAUGGGUAAAGGACAGCCAGGAGGGAAGUUUUGGAAGAGAUACGGCACUACAAGUAUGGGCCCGUGGAUGGUAUAA